AUGGCGCCCAUCAAGCUUGACGAUAAUGCGGCCUAUAAGGCCUACAAACUCCUUACUGAACGCCCACUCGGAAUGAAGCCUUUUCCCCAAGAUGACGAUGGCCUCCUUAUUGUUGGAUCCGGAGAGCUCUUUUGUCGCAAGGAGGUCAUGACAGAACAAGAAAGAUAUGAUGCUGAGCUUUUGGGCGACCCUACAUUCCGCCUGUGUGAAUUCAAGAACCGUUACAGCCACACUGGGAAUUUGAGAGCUCACCUCACGGGCUCCCACAAGGCAAAACUUGCUGAAGUCCGCAAAGGCACCAAUAGUGCUCACCAUGUCCGCGAGUCUGCCAGGUUCUUUGAAGCGACCAUGAGAAUGCACAACCUCCAUGUCAAAGCCAAUGAAGAAGGCAAAGCUCUAUCUGACUAUGGUGAUGACGAUGCCACCAACACUCCACAGAAGGAGAAACCUCGCCCUCGUGUGGCCCCUCGUCGCCCAUUUUACCCUGUAAAGAAGGACGGUAGUUGCAAUGGAUGCAAGAAGGCCAAAGAGAAAACCUGUCCACCUACCAAGCCAACUGAUGCCUGUGACGUCUGGAACUUUUUCACAGAUGACGAGAUGGAGGAGGAAGAGGAAGAGGAAGAGGAAGAAGUGAUAGUUUCCAGCCCUCUUUCUGCUGCACAGACUAUCUCAGAUGGUGAGGAUGAGGAUGAUGAGGAUGAUGAGGACGACGAGGAUGGAGAUGAUGAGGAAAGCUAG